CUGCCUCCCCCGUCGAAUCCCUCCUCCCACCCCCCCUCUCUCAAAAGAAAAAAAGAAAAAAAGAAAAUAGUAAUAAUAAAUAAAUAAACUCGCUCGCUCGCAGCUACUCUCGCGAUUCUUGGGCUUUCUCUCUCGAUCUCCACGAUCUGGCCAUAUUUUGAUCGAAAAUUAGGGUUUUCCUCCUCUCAAUCUCCCUCCAUCUCUUAUCGAAUCUUGUGUUUCAAAACCUAGAUUUUGCUGCUCUCUUUAGGGUUAACAGAUCUACAACGUCUCUUUAGCCUUUUACGUCUGUUAAUUUUGUUUCCACUCUAUUAAGCAUGUUCUGGAAGCUCACCACUCUCUCUACCUCUUCUCCUGUGGAGUCUGUAUUAGACAAAGAAAAUUUCACGUUGGAAGAGCUUCUGGAUGAAGAAGAAAUAAUCCAAGAAUGCAAAGCCUUAAACACCCGACUCAUUAAUUUUCUGCGAGAUAGAGCCCAAGUGGAGCAGUUGCUCAGAUACAUUAUCGAGGAACCUUCAGAGGAUGCUGAAAGCAAACGAACCUUCAAGUUCCCCUUCAUUGCUUGUGAGAUAUUUACAUGCGAAAUUGAUGUUAUUCUUAAAACUUUAGUGGAAGAAGAGGAGUUGAUGAACUUACUCUUCUCGUUCUUGGAACCAAAUCGGUCUCAUAGUGCCUUGCUUGCUGGGUAUUUCAGCAAAGUUGUUGUUUGCCUUAUGUUACGCAAGACAGUUUCACUUAUGAACUAUGUCCAAGCCCAUCAAGAUGUUUUCCGCCAACUUGUUGAUUUAAUUGGAAUAACAUCCAUCAUGGAGGUUUUGGUCCGCCUGGUAGGAGCUGAUGACCACGUUUAUCCUAAUUUUACUGAUGUGAUGCAAUGGUUGGCUGAUAGCAAUUUGCUAGAAAUGAUCGUGGACAAAUUGAGUCCUUCUAAUCCUCCUGAAGUUAAUGCUAACGCAGCAGAAACAUUAUGUGCAAUAACUCGAAAUGCUCCAUCAGCCUUGGCUUCUAAACUCUCUAGUCCAAGUUUUGUGGGAAGGAUAUUUGGUCAUGCAUUGGAAGAUUCACAUUCAAAAUCUGGUCUUGUCAAUUCACUUUCUGUUUGUAUCUCUAUACUGGAUCCAAAAAGAUCGGCAAUGGCUUCUCCCUUGAUGCAUUCUUUCCGAAGCCAACAUAUGUACGAGUCUCCAAUCCCUGUAAAUCCAGAGACUAUUAGUGCAAUGUUACCUAAACUUGGUGAUUUGCUUAUGCUAUUGAAUGUCUUGUCCGAUGAGAAGAUUUUGCCAACAACUUAUGGAGAACUGAAGCCUCCUCUUGGGAAACAUCGUCUAAAGAUUGUGGAAUUCAUUGCGGUGCUACUAAGAACUGGAAAUGAAGCCACUGAAACGGAGUUGGUCAGCUCGAGAACCAUUAAAAGAAUCCUUGAUCUGUUCUUUGAGUACCCGUACAAUAACGCCUUGCAUCAUCAUGUAGAGAGUAUCAUAAUGUCAUGUUUGGAGACCAAGAGUGAUGCUAUGGUUGAUCAUCUUCUUCAAGAGUGUGAUUUGAUAGGAAAGUUUCUCCAAACAGAUAAAAACCCUGUAAUAUCUGGUGAUAUUAUUAAGCCAACCCUUCCUGCUGCUGGAAAACAAGCACCACGGGUAGGAAACCUUGGACACAUUACACGAAUUUCAAAUAAGCUUGUUCAGUUGGGAAACAGCAGUAGCCGUAUUCAGUCUUAUCUACAGGAAAAUAGUGAAUGGAAUGAGUGGCAAGCCAGUGUUUUGCAAGAGCGCAAUGCAGUUGAAAAUGUCUACCGAUGGGCUUGCGGCCGGCCAACAGCAUUGCAAGAUAGGACACGUGACAGUGACGAGGAUGACCUUCAUGAUCGAGAUUAUGAUGUAGCAGCUCUAGCCAACAACUUAAGCCAGGCUUUUAGAUACAAAAUAUAUGGGAAUGAGGAUAAUGAAGAGGACAAUGGGGGCCUUGAUCGUGAUGAUGAGGAUGUCUACUUUGAUGAUGAGUCUGCCGAAGUUGUUAUUUCAUCCCUAAGGCUUGGUGAUGACCAAGGGAGCAGUCUGUUCACAAAUUCAAACUGGUUUGCAUUCCAAGACGACAGAAUUGGUGAUGCACCUUUGAGCACAUCGCCUGGAGAGAUGAUGGAUCAGAUUAACUUAAAUGGAAACACGAAUGCAAAUGGUGGUAACAGCUGUAGUCAUGACGAGGUGGUGGUGGGAGAGGAAGAUGAGUUGACUGAAAGCAAGGAUUCUGUCAAUGGCACAUCCACUUCCAACACAAACCUCCUUGAUCAAUUUCCUGGGAUUGGUCCGGUUUCACUAAGUAGUGAUGCCAAUGCUCCUGAUACCAGUUUCUUCAAAUUUGAGACACCAGACAAUGAAGACUUGUUUGGAGAUAGGCCUUUACCUGAAUGGGUAGGAUGGGGAGAGCCAUCCGAUUUGCAAGCAGCAGGGGGAUCAACUGUGAAUCCAUUUGAAGAUCAUGACAGCUCUGAUGUCAAUCUUUCCAGCCAAGCUGAAGCAGCAACGCCUGAUGCCAGUUCCCCAUCAGGUGGAGAGUCUAUACUUCCAAAUGGGUCAUCACCCACCAAGGGUUCUAGUGAUGGACCAGUUAGCAGUGAUUCAAGUAAAAAAUCUCCCACCUCACCUUCCUUGUUUGAAGAGGAUGUUGAAUUUGUUGGUGUUGAAUUGGAAGGGACCGAGAAGGCAAUGGACCAAGCUCUCAAGGAGGGGAUAGUUGGUGAAGCAGGGCCUCUGAAGAGGAAUAUUGCACCAAAGGUGCCAGAGAAGGAGAAGUCUGAUGAUGCCGAGGCAGAGAACAAGGAGUUCAACGAUGCGAACUAUUGGAGGGUUGAUGUUGUGGAAGGAUGAAUGAUUGAUUGAUCUUGUUUAGGUUUUCUGGACAUGAAAACUUGGUUCCUAAAGACACACAGACCCCAUUUUUGGUUGGAAAGGGAUUAUGCAGCAGAUAUAUGUACAGUAUUUUUGUUUCCAAAUGGGGAUUGGAUGGUAGGUCGUGCUAUGGCUUUACUGUUUGUUUAGUUGUCAUUGUUACCCUAAUUGUUUAUUAUUCAAGGUCUUCUGUUUCUUCCUGUGACUGACUCUUAGGGUUCCCCUCGUCCCUCAUCAAUAUUUAUAAAUUCAACUCUGGCUAGUCUCUCA